AUGGGAGCAGCAGCAUGGCUGGAUGUGGUCAAGAAGGCAAUUUUCGUUGCUGUGUUGUAUGAUGCGUUCUGGAACCAUCGUCCCGAGAAGAUGCGCUUCUCUUUUUUUGGAGCAAAAGGUUUCCGCGGGGAAAAGCAGAGCGGAGGAAAUUAG